AUAAUCAUAUGCUAUUGUUCGAUUCCUAGCUUUUAGCUGGGAUAGAGUAUAAUAAUGGUCUUUAAAACUCUUCGCUUCCUCUUCGCCGUUCUCUUAGUUACUACCAAGGUUUCAGCUGAUGAGUUUGAGAACGAAAAGGCCAAGAAGCCAAAGGCACCAACUCCCGGCAACGUACAGUCUCCACCACUUCAAGUAAACAAAGUUUACGAUGAAGAGAAGAUUCUUGGGAAUAUCAUCAGUAAUGAGAUCCACUUGAUCUCGAAGCGCUUUUUGCCGAAGCCAACUCCGGUGCCGAAGCCAACGCCAGUGCCGAAGCCAACUCCAAGGACGAAGCCACCGCCGUCGCCGUCGAAGACACCGCCGUCAAAGCCACCACCGUCGAAGUCUCCGCCACCGCCCAAGUCUCCGCCGCCUUCAAAAUCUCCCCCGCCGCCCAAGUCUCCUUCUCCGCCGCCGCCUAAGUCUCCGCCACCGAAUGCUCCUCCGCCGAAUGCACCCAAGUCUCCUCCGCCGAAUGCACCCAAGUCUUCUCCGCCGAAGGCUCCGCGACCGAAUGCUCCGCCCCCUAGGUCUCCGCCGUCGGAUGCUCCGCCUCCCAAGUCUCCACCACCGGAUGCUUUGCCUCCGUCGCCGAAUGAUGUGGGACCAUCACCACCUGACUCCCCUUCACCACCUCCAGCACCUCAAGAUAACGUUAAUGAGACACCAGCUCCCGCACCACCACAAGAAGUAUCCGUCGCUCCCCCACCUCCAAAUGACAGCUUGACUCCGCCCUCUCCAGCAACCAAUCCCGGUGUCCAGCCAUGGGUUCCACCACCAAAGCGCCCAACUAUAUCUACAUAUGAUUGCAAAAGGAAGUGUUAUCAGAGGUGUGUGUUCGAUCCAAAUGAGGAAGAGUGCAUGGAGUCAUGCAUGAUGAUGUGUUGUGACCACUACGAAUGUGUACCAGCUCCACCCGGACCUUACGGCCUCAACCCAAGAACAUGUGUCCCCGGCUACAAUUGCCCUUCAAAUAAAAUAGCUAACCGCGUUUUGUAAACGCUAUAAACAAUAAUAUUAAAAGCUAUAUCAUAAAAGUCAUUCUUCAAUCUUUUAAGCGCAAUAUCAUAUCAUAAUAUUCCUCAA